GACUAGAAGGCUGGCAAAGAGCACCGAACUUUGCAGUUUAUGGCUACUUCAAGUAGUUUGGGCUGUCGGCCUAGGUCGGCCUACGCCGCACAGCCUUCGAUACGCAUCGCUCAAGCGGUGACAAGUUCCAGAUGUGUCUCACUUGCGCAGAAUAGUACGGCCUUAGGAGUCCGCCACGAAUACCACCCGGCUGGGAUUCCGAGUUGCGAUCCUCCCCGUCCUCCACAACUUGUUGCUGACCAUCAUGGCCAGUGAAGAUUCCCCUCAAGGUUCUGCGUUGUACAACAUCGACAUCACUUACCACAUCAUGCGACAUUGCCUGUCGAGAGCCGAAGGCGAAUAUCAGGACAACGAUACCAUGCAGACACUCGCCCGAUGCGCCCGCACCUGCAAUUCCCUCUCGAAACCUGCAAUGACCUUGUUAUGGAGAUACCUGCCAUCGCUGAAACCGCUCUUGUCUAUCUUAUCGGUCUACCAAGCUAUACCCCCGACUCAAGUUAUGACGAGCUCGAUCGCACAGCGAGACCUCAAUGGACUAUUGUUGGUGAUAUAUCCGCCCGAGACCGCGAACGAUUUGUUCAUUACGCUCGUUUUGUGUGGGCCCUUGACCUCCGGGGCAUCUCACCCAUCCGACCGUCAUUACCAUCCUCGAAGAGACAUUCGGCCGAGGGUUCAUGCCUCAUCUGCGGUCUCUCCGUUGUCUCACGACGGCGUCCGCGUAUGUGUUCAGUCCGCUCUUGGUGCCAUCGCUGUUAUCCAUACACUGGGAGGACCGCAAUUCACAACAGACCCCGAGCUAAAAGUUGCUGCAGAGAGAGUCGCCUCGAAAAUCCUGACGCUAUCAUCCACCCUCGAGAAACUCGAAAUCCCACGAUGCAAAACCACGCUGCUUCUCUCGUCGUUCGGCGACUUCAAGCGAUUGCGCACUCUGGAUAUCUCCGGCACACCGUACAUCCUAGAAUGGACCGUUCUCCAAACGAUCGGGUCACUGCGACACCUCACGCAGGUCGCAUUACCCAGCGCAGUGGCUGGUUAUCAGCCAACAGACCAGUGUCAAGGAUUUCAGGCAUUGACGCAUCUCAUGGUCGGACAUCGAAACCAAGGGACGGACCUACUCCGGUUGAUCUCACCUCCGAGGCUACGAUCUCUCGAGCUCACAGGCGGUUUAUACAUCGAAGACUACUGGUCUUCCAAUGAGACCCGCGAUUGUAUCGGGACAUGUCUCAGCAGUUGCACCGCGACCUUCGACACAUUCAUCAUCGAUGACUCCCACUUCGCCAUUGCUGAACCGAUUCUUGCAACCGCGGAGCCCUUUUUCGCCAUGAAAGGUCUGCGGAAAUUCCGUUGCUCUCAAACGAAGCCAGUGGGUGACGACGACCUGCGUGCGAUGGGUGCAGCGUGGCCGCAUCUAGAGGAACUGCACUUACACUGGCAGUGGUCCAACGCGAGGUCUCUGGAGGAUCCCAAUGCUGUCACGGCGCCAUCGUUGCAAGGCAUCGCUGAGCUAGCUCACGCCUGUCCCACUCUCCUCCGGAUUGAUCUGAGCUACGCCCAUCUCUCGCUCGCUUCCGACAUAGAUCCCUACCCUGACCUGAACCAUGGAAUGGAGGAGCUCUCCUUGAGCGACGUCGAAAUCGAAGAGCCCGUACGCUUAGCGAGGACAAUCGACCGACUGUUCCCUCACCUAAAGCUAGCAGGCUACAGAAUGACGGAAGAUCGGCAAGACGUCUCCGCCCUGCUAGGAGAGCUUGAGAAUGCCAGGCUGGUCAGGCUGGCGUCGGGUACCCUAACACUGUAGUGACUACUAGGAGUCAGGGUUACAAACUGUACCGUAUGCGCGUGUGAUGUACUAAUGAUUCCGCAAUUCAACCUCUGCCACUGGCAUCGACAUCAAA